GAAGACUUUUGCAAUUACCAUUAGUGGCUAAUAUCCCCAUGGAAUCUAGAGGAUGAUAGAAGGAAAAACACAUGAAUGAAACUGUCGUUCUCAGAUGCAUUGUUAUUUUUCUUUCCUUCUAUGCUUUCUCAAAUUCUUUUAUUUUCUUUAUGUAAUUAUAUUUCAUCACACUGGCUGGAGGGGUAAUGAUCACAUUUGUGAUUUUUUUUUCAUUCUUUUGGAAUUGUGUCUUUCUUUGAGUUAUCUCAAAACUUCUCUUAGUACCUUCAAAGUUUUGACACCUUUAGCAAAAAUUUCCUUAGGGAGGUGUUUGGUAAGAUCAGCUACUCUUCUCAGUUUCAUUUAUUUGAAUGCCAUUUCUCCUUCAUGUCACUUUUUUUUUCUGUUAGGGUAUAACUGUAAUGGUUCAACUUUUACCAAUAAUUAGAACAAAUCUCUAGAAAUGCUUACAGAUCUAUUCCAUUUCAUAUUCAUUUUCUCUCUUCAUCUUCAUCUAUAAAUAUUCUUGGUAUGAUUUAUUUUAUUUAGACUGCAUUUCAUGUUUACUGCUGGAUUUUUCUUCUUCCCCAGUCUGUGGUAUGAUAAUAUUUAGAAUCGUCUAUCUUCCUUCUAUUUAAUAUUUAGUGAAUGAGUUUAUGUUCUACACUAUUUUUCCCCUUUCCUUUUAGUAAUCUUCACACUGGAAGAAGAUAGUGUUUUUUGUCCAGAGGUUUCUUAGAUUUUUAGGCCUUCAUCUUAUGAUUACUGUUUUGUGUUGCUUAAACUUAGAGAAGUUCAUUUUGAAGGUAAAAAAAGGUCAUAGACCUCCAUGAAGAUAGAAACUAUUUUUUUGUCAUUUGUCAUAUGCUCAGUGCUUAGUGUUUUGCCUGGCAUGUACUAAACACUUAACUAAAUGCUUGUUGACUUGAUUUAUUUCCAUUUCCCAUUUUCAGAGUUAACUAUGACAAGUGAGGUUAGAGCUAUUGUAAUAUUACACAGUGUCUUCUCAUUAUCUUUUUUUGUAAUUUUAUGCUAUUUUUGACUCUCGCUAUGAUCAGUUAUGUUAGUCCUUGAACUUUGUUUCUGUUUUUUAGAGUUUACAGAAUCCUAGAGUUAGAUGGGAUUUCAGAAUUGAAUAAGAAUCUCCCCUACAACCUUUGUUUCAAGAUUUCUAAGGAGGAGGAACUCACUGCUCUCUGUUACAUUUCAUGCUACUUUUGGAUAACUUUAUUUGUUAAUAAAUGUUUUCUUUAUUUCAUGUAUCUAAAUGUAUCUCUAUGAAACUUCUACCCAUUUUUUCUAGUUAUGUACUCUGGGUCCAAGACAGCUCUCAUGUCUCCUGUAAAUCUUCUCUUGUCCAAGCUCGACAUUUUCAGUUUCAUCAUCUGAUCCUCAUAUGCCUCAUCAUCACCUUGUCUGACCUUUGGGUGAACUUUAGCUUUUUAAUAUUCUUUCUAAAGUUAGCAGAUCUAAAAGUACUUCAGAGGUGACCUGACCAAAGCAGAGCCGAGGAGGACUGCUUGCUACCUCUUUAGUUCUGGACACUAUGGUUCUCAUUAAAUAUUCCAAGGUUGUAUUAAAUUUCUUAGCUUUCAUAUCACAUGAUUUAAUUCUGUUGAGUUUACAGUCAACUAAAAUUUCCAGGUCUGUUUUAUAUGAACUUGCAUCCAGAUACAUCUCCUAUGCUUUCUGCUUAUGAAGUUGAUUUUUUUCAAAUCUAUGUAAAAGACUAUAUAAUCAUCAUUAUUAAUUUUUUUUAGUUCCAUGUUGCUAGCCUUUUCUGCUGUAUAUUGUCAGUUGGCAAUUAAUAUUCCUGCCAAAGGAGUUUAAACUAAUUGAGAUCAUAAUAUCUAAACUGACUAUUUCAUGUUGCUAAAAGCCCACAAAUAUCUUGCCGCUUACAAGUAUCAGAGUGGCAGUCAAUAACAAUCUCCAACCCCACCAUAAGCUUUUGCCCAUAUUCAGCAUUUUUUCUUGGCUUUCAAAUCCAUCUAGUCAAAAAGAUGAAGUAAAAUAUUAGAAUAAAUAGUUAAAUAUGAAAUUUGUUAUUUGUAUCUGCUUCAGCUCUCUUCAAGCUCCCACCUCUUAGGGAUUUUCCAUUCUUUCAGGUCAUUUCUCAAGACUUUCAUUGAUUCACAUAAUAUAUAUUGUGACCACAAGAGUUUUUAAUGACAUGGAAUAAAAUACAGAAUGAAUAUAAAAACUCUCUUUACUGGGCCAACAAACCUUCAGAUUUCCCAGUGUGGAAAAGAAACACUGAAAAAGAGGGAUGUUUACUCUUCUUCACUUCUGAGUCAUGGAGAAAAGGAAAAAUGGGGCAAAUUUCAUUUCUUCACUUUUUCAAAAUUCACUUGAAAAGAAGUCAUGGUGUUCUAGAAAGAUUGCUGGGGAAAAACCCAAAACGCCACUCAUGAGGGGAUUACUCCAGUUUGAAAAUAUCAGUUAUGGAAUUGAACCCUUGGAGUCUACUGCACGGUUUGAACACUUGGUUUACCAAAUAAAGAAUGAAAAUGUCAAUAUUCCUCUCUUGGAAGAAAGUGAUACAAAAACCUGGUUUAGACAUUCAACUUAUAAAAAUCAUAUAGAUUUAGAAAAAAAAAUAGUUUCACAUUUAUUCCCCCGAUAUCUGGAAAUGCAUGUUAUUGUGGAUAAAACUUUGUAUGAUCAUCUGGGUUCUGAUAUGUCAGUUGUAACACAGAAACUUGUCCAGGUUAUUGGCCUUGUUAAUACUAUGUUUACCCAGCUCAAAAUGACAGUUGUAUUGUCUUCUUUGGAAAUCUGGUCAGAUAGAAAUAAAAUCUCUACCAUCGGGGAGCCUAAUGAUUUACUAAUCAGGUUUUUGGCAUGGAAGCAAAAGUUUCUUGUUAUAAGGCCCCAUGACAUAGCAUAUUUAUUUGUUUAUAGGAACCAUCCUAACUAUGUUGGGGCAACAUUUCCUGGAAAAAUGUGUAAUAAAAGCUAUUCUGCAGGAAUAAUCAUGUAUCCAAGAACAAUAACAUUGGAGACACUUUCAGUUAUUCUGGUGCAGUUGCUUGGACUUAAUUUGGGAUUAACAUUUGAUGACGUCAGCCAGUGUCAUUGUUCAGGAGCUGCCUGCAUAAUGAGCCCUGCAGCAGUGGAAUCCAGCGGAGUAAAGGUUUUUAGCAGUUGCAGUCUGAAUGACUUUAAAAAGUUCAUUUCAAAGCCCGAAGUUGACUGUCUUCAAAAUCAACCAUAUGUGAAACCAGUUUACAGAGCAACAGCAAUAUGUGGAGAUGGCUUUGUGGAAGGGGAUGAAGAGUGUGAUUGUGGAUCAGAAAAGGAAUUUUCUAGAUGUAAAUUUAAAAAUUGCUGUGUUAAGGAGACAUGUAAAUUGAAACCAUCAGCAAGAUGUGGUUCUGGACCAUGUUGUACAAGCAGUUGUCAGUUUCAGAAGAGAGGUAAAAUAUGUAGGCCUAAAGUAAAUGAAGAAUGUGAUUUUAAUGAUUUUUGCAAUGGAACAUCUCACGAAUGUGUACCUGAUACUUUUGUACGGAAUGGUGAAAAGUGCCAUAAGAAUACUGCCUUUUGUGUUAAUGGAAUAUGUGCUGACAUAAACGACCAGUGUAAAGCUAUAUUUGGAUCAGGUUCCAGAGGUGGUUCUUUUGCAUGUUUUGAAGAAAUGAAUGGCAGAAGUGAUAGAUUUGGAAACUGUGGUGUUAAUAGAGAUUCAUUUAAAGCCUGUCCAUUUGAGGAUCUCUUGUGUGGAAAAUUAGUUUGUACAUGGCCAAAGAAAUCAUUGUUCUUCCAAAGAGAUAUAUCUGUGAUUUAUGCACGUGUUUAUGAUGAUGUAUGUGUAUCCAUUGCACAUACUAUUCCAAUACGACCAGGACAAAGAGAUUUUACAUUUGUGAAUGAUGGUACUCCAUGUGGUCCUAACAUGGCUUGUUCAAAAUUUUCUUGCAUAGAGUCUCGUUUUUUGAUGGAAGGAAGUUGUAAUGCCACUGAAAAGUGUCAUGGAAAAGGACGUUGCAAUAAUUUUGACUCCUGUCAUUGUAAUACUCACUACUCACCACCAGAUUGCAAGAAAAUGGUUUUCAUGUCAGGGGGAAGUUAUGAAGAUGGGCAUUUAGCAAAGCCUGAUGUACUCAAGACUCGAAGUUAUAUUGCUUCUAAAAAGAACUGGCUUAUACUUGGCUUCUACAUUUCUCUACCCUUUCUCAUCAUUAUUGUCAUUGUUAUUUUAAAUUGGGAUAAAAUGAAAGAAUUAUGUAGAGAAGAAACUCAAAGUGAAGGGUCUUUAUCAGGAGAGAGCAGCGCAUCAUAUAGUACAAGUGAACCCAGUACCUAAGCUGCCAAAAAAUGGAGUCUAGAGUCAGGAAAAGACCGUACUUCCAUGGAAGUCUGACUAAUGAAAUAAAAAGUUCUUUCUCUCCUUUUCAUUUCUUGUAUUUAAAGGUAUUAACCAUCACAACAAUAAAUCAAAUGAAUGCAAA